ACAGAUACUCCUGUAGGCCUACUCCUUACUUGAUAGAAAAGAUCAUUCUGUGAUUGCCAUGCCGCCAAAUGUGCAUCUUCAUAAAUUCUAUUUCUGUAUGAAAGGGCCACCGUUUCCUUUAUACAAAGUACAUCGAAUCAGUUUCUGUUCAACCUGUUUUCUCACAAAAUCAUUUUUCAUGGAACCAUUAUCAUCAACAUGUUAUACGAGAAAAAUAUCUAUGUCAGCUUGUGUACAACAAAUUGAAUUGCGAAAAAGAGGAGAUUCUGAAAUUGCUUCUGCAUCAAAAUCAAAGAAGGCAAAACAAGCUGCUAAGGACACUAGUUAUGCCUUAGUUAUCAUUGUUGGAUUAACAUGUAUGGGGUUUGUUUUUUACAUACUUUAUAAAGAGCUGUUAUCUAAAGCAGGGCCUACCCAGGUGUUUGGAGAUGCUCUUGAAAAGUGUCGACGUAACCAGGAACUAGUUGUUGCACUUGGGUCACCCAUUGAAGGCUUCGGUGAGAUGAACAGUAGAGGUAGGAGGAGGCAUGUUUCUCAUCUUGCUUACAUAGAUGCACAAGGCAGAGAUGCUAUGAGAAUGAAAUUUCAUAUCAAAGGAUCAAGUGGAAGAACAGGGACUGUUCAAGUUGACUCUGUAAUUGUUAGAAGAAAAAUUUCAUAUCGGUACAUUAUUGCUUAUCUUGAUACUCAUCCUAGAAGGAUUAUUAUUAUACUAGAUGAAAGAUCUGAGCUUGACAGAGAGUCUGUUCCAUCUAUUGAAUAGGUGACCAAGUAUUUCACCACUGAAUCCAAUACAUUUUUUAAGGAUUAUCUCCAAGUACGUUUAGAUUGACCACAUCCUAAUCCUAACUGUCGAAAAAUUCAUAAUUUUGUGGUAUGAUUCGAAUAUGAAGUAUGAUCACACAACUGCUCUGUUUCAUUGGCUGUUAUGCAAUAUUCAUAUUUGCAAGUGUAAAAUUAUAACACUUUAAAUGGUAAAAAUCAUACUGGGCAUGCUCAGCCACAGCUCUCAUAUAUUAUUGAAAAUUAAUUUUUAUGGUUACUUGUUCAAUUAUUAUCUUGUUUGGACAAUGUUAUGAAUUCUAAUAACUAUGGUUUAUCUUUGCCUUAUAGA